AUGGAUUCUCGCGAUGGUUACACAUGGACACCCACCGACGGCCUCAAAGCUGGCGUGCCGUCCCUCGGCGUCAUAACACCCUCUACCAACCUUUCGGAAUCGGAAGAAGAAUUCUACGAUGUCAUCGUUGUUGGCGCUGGCUACUGCGGCCUCACAGCCGCGCGCAACGCCGCGGUGGAAGGGUUGAAAGUGUUGCUACUGGAAGGCCGGGAUCGCAUUGGCGGCCGAUCGUGGUCAUCAAACAUCCAAGGUUACCCUUUUGAGAUGGGAGGUACAUGGGUGCAUUGGGGCCAGUCAAAUACUUGGAGAGAGAUUGUAAGAUAUCAGAUGAUGAACGAGGUGGAGAAGUCGUUUGAUUUCUCCCAUGGUGUCAAUCACUAUGAACUGAAUAUUGGGCUUGAAGGCUCUACCAUGAGCCAUGACGAGGAGGAUGCACUACUUAUCGCGGCAUUGAACAAAUUCACGAACAUAGAUGGAGCUUAUGGGAGAAACAUGAUUCCUCUACCCUACGACAUGUUCCACGUUGCCAAUGCGACGCACCUCGAUGAUGUCUCCGCUCAAGACCGCAUUGAUGCGAUUGCACUAUCACUAUCGCCGCAGGAGCGUGCCGCCGUCGAAUCCUUCGUCCUGCUAUGUAGUGGGGCCACUCUUGCGACAACGAGCUUUCUCGAAUUUAUGCAUUGGUGGGCCCUCUGUGGCUACACCUACGCAGGCUGCAUAGACAUGCUUAUCACCUGGAAAUUCAAGGGUGGACAAUCGAGCUUCGCAAUCAAAUUCUUUCAGGAAGCACUCGCAACGAAGCGUCUCGCAUACGCUUUCAACAGCCCGGUGAACAACAUUCAGGAUACGGGUCGAAAAGUGCAAGUCACGACACGGGAUGGCCGCCGGUACCAUGCAGCGCGACUGAUCUCAGCAAUGCCUCUGAACGUCUUGGGCGAGGUGACUUUCGAUCCACCCCUUUGUGCUGGAAAAACAAAGGCUAUCGCAACAGGCCAUGUCAAUCAAUGCGUCAAAGUUCACGCAGAGGUGUCGAACAAGGAUCUCCGCUCUUGGACAGGCGUUGCUUAUCCGCACAAUGAGCUCAUGUACGCCAUUGGCGACGGAACAACACCUGCAGGCAAUACACAUAUCGUCUGCUUUGGCGGUAGCAACAAACAUAUUGAUCCUGAGGACGAUAUUGACGCAACUAAGCGUGCAGUUACAAAUAUGUUCGUGCAGCAGAAAGACCAGCCUAACAUCGAGAGAUUAGUAUUCCACAACUGGUCGAAAGAUGAGUUUGCAAAGGGUGCGUGGUUUUUUUCGUCUCCUGGCUUCCUUGCAAAACAUCUGGAUGAUAUGCGGGAGAGGCACGGAAAUGUGCUGUUUGCCAACUCGGAUUGGGCACUUGGUUGGAGGAGUUUCAUUGACGGUGCAAUUGAGGAAGGCACGAGCGUUGCCUAUGAGGUGCGGACAGAGUUGACAAAGCUUCGAGAGGUGCAUAGCAGUUCAUGA